GGAAAAUUGGGAAUAGAAAAGAGGGAGUAGAAAAUACGUAUGGGAGAAGGUAUAUGCAUAUAUAGACAGAGAGAGAUGAGGGGUCGGGAGGAGUAAGAGAGAGAAAGAGAGGGGCGCAAUGGAAGGGCAAGAUAGGGUUCUGGCCACGGCACAGCAGAUCAUGAAGAGCCUCCACACCUCCACCAACACUGAUGACAUGCUCCUCAUCUUCUCCAGGUUCGACAAUCGUCUCUCCAAUCUCUCCAAUUUCAUGUCUUCUGCGCCCUCCACCUCCACUCCUUCCUCCGCCAAGGCAGCCGACGCUGACGACUCCUUCGCCGAUCGCCGCUUCGAGGAGGCCGAGAAGCUCAUCCUUGACGCCUCCGGCGAUCCCUCCUCCACUACCGAUGCCUACUUGGCCGCCGUUGACGAGAUUAUUCGCUUGACCGAGGAUCUGGAUCUGCCGUCGGCGGCUGCUGACGCCGUCUUGGACCGUGCCGAGGCCGCUCUUCAGCUCGCUAUGUCUCAUCUGGAGGACGAGUUCCGUGACAUCCUCACUCGCAGCCUGGUCCCUAUCGACACCGAUCGCAUCCACACUUCUUCCUUCAUCCGCCGCUCCUCACUCUCUUCCUCCUCCUCUUCCGUUUCAGUUUCCGAAAUUCCAGAUUUCGAGACUGGAACCGACUCUGAAGUUGGACGGGAGGGUCGUGCAAGCAGUGGGAGGUACAAUCACUUGAGAGGCCCUAGCCUCGGAGGUAUAGAACUGUCCCUAGAUUUGGUCACUCCAGAUUCCAUUAUGGAACUCAAAGAGAUAGCUGACCGUAUGAUUCGAUCUGGCUAUGAAAAGGAGUGCUGUCAAGUUUACUCCACAGUCCGGAGAGACGUACUGGAUGAGUUCAUGUCCACUCUAGGCGUUGAGAAACUUAGCAUUGAGGAAGUCCAGAAGAUUGAGCCUCGAAUUUUGGAUGAAAAGAUGAAGAAAUGGAUAUAUGCUGUGAAAGUUGUGGUCAGAGUUCGUCUGUCUGCUGAAAAGCAACUCUGCGAACAAAUUUUUAGUGGCUCUGAGUUGACCAAAGAAAUAUGUUUCAUUGAGACUGCAAAAGGAUGUGUAAUGCAGCUCUUGAAUUUCGGAGAAGCGGUUGUCAUAGGCAGGAGGUCUUCAGAGAAGAUAUUCAGAAUCCUGGACAUGUAUGACGCUCUAUCUGCUGUUCUGUCUGACUUAGAGGAUCUUUUCAGUCACGAGGUAGGGGAAAUGGUUUGUACCGAGGCUAAGGGUGUCUUGGAUGGGUUAGGAGAAGCAGCUAUAGGAACUUUUGUGGAAUUUGAAAAUGCAGUUAAAGGGGAGGCUUCCAAGACUCCUAUCCCAGGUGGUGAGAUUCAUCCAUUAACUCGUUAUGUUAUGAAUUAUGUGAAAUUACUUGUGGAUUACAGCAACACAAUUAAUGAGCUUUUACAUAAUGUUGGGAGUGGAUUGGAAUCUGAGAGCUCUCAAGUUGAAGAUGAUAGGGAGCUGGAGAGUAAUUCUCUUUUUGCGAGACGUUUGUCCAUAUUGAUUAAAUCUUUGGAAGCUAAUCUUGAAGAGAAGUCCAGAAUGUAUGAGGAUAGCGGGAUGCAGUAUAUAUUCUUGAUGAACAAUUUACUGUACAUAGUCCAGAAAGUUAAAGAUUCUGAUCUUCGGAAGCAUUUGGGUGAUCUGUGGAUACGUAAGCGUCGUGGACAGGUUAGACAGUUUGCAACUGGAUAUCUAAGGGCAUCUUGGAGCAAAGUUUUGUCUUGUUUGAAGGAUGAAGGCAUUGGUGGAAGCUCAAAUAAUGCCUCAAAAAUCACGCUCAAAGAAAGGUUCAAGAACUUCAAUGCCUGCUUUGAAGAACUGUAUAGGAUCCAGACUGCUUGGAAGGUUCCUGAUGAACAACUCCGUGAAGAGCUUCGGAUUUCCAUUUCAGAGAAAGUCAUUCCUGCAUAUAGGUCCUUCAUGGGGAGAUUUCGCAGUCAUCUUGAGAGUGGAAGAAAUUCUGGUAAGUACAUAAAGUAUACACCUGAUGAUCUGGAGAAAUACUUAUUGGACCUCUUUGAAGGAAUACCUCUCAACCUUCACCACAUGAGAAGGAAAAGUUCUUGAAGUGUAGGUCAAUUUUCUGUCUCCUCAAAGGAUAAAAACUAAAAAAGAGAAAAAAAAAUCAUGUUUUCCUUUUGCUGAAUAUCUGUAAUUUUACCCAUCCUGUUUAAAAGAAUGAAAGUUCAUCUCCUUGAUAGUUACAUUCUUAGCUAAUACCUCUAUAUAAACUAGGAACAUUGAUUGUAUAGUUGUUGUAUUAGAAGAAAUCAUACAAAAAUUCGAUGGCUAUUUAUAGUUUGCAAACAAGAAUACAUUUAUAGGCACACUAUUUAGAGAAAGGUUAGGUCAUCCUGAGUAGCAAAAGUUUGCCUCUCAAUUUUCUCAUGUUACACAUUAAAAUAUGAAAUUGCCUUUUCGGGUCUCCAUCACAUUUAAUAAAUUAUGAAGAUUGUUCCAUGAAGGACAACAUUCUUGAGCAUACAAAAAAAUGACAUUGUGGUGAGUAAUAUGAAAAAAAAAACAUUUGGUUCAUGAAUUAAACUUUAAGUUAUUGUUAAUGCACUGGAAAUAGCACUUCAUUUCUUUGCCCUACAUGAUGCAGGAGUUUCGCACACAACAUUUAAGAUUUUAAACAGUGCUUUGAAGGUGGUUAAAAACGGGCUUACUGUAAAGGAUAUGUUUGAUAUUGUUUGACACUAUUCUUCAGUGUUUGAUAUUGUACAGUUAGUAUUAUCAUAUUAUGUGAGAGUAGUGGAAUAAUUGCUAAGAUUUUUCUUAACUAAAUAAGAAAUGAAUGUAGGAACUUCGAGUAAGGAUAGUUUGGGACGAAUGGGUAUGCACUUGAUUCUUUUAUCACCUGCUUGUAAGA